UUUCAACCUCGACCCAACGUACGCUGAAAGUUGGUGGGACAGGUGUAGCGUGCAACUUGUACGUACGCAGCACAUUUACUAAUUAUGUACACGUACGUACGUACGACUCGACGGUGCGGCGUAGACAACAUUGUACACGUCGCGUCGUCUGGUUCUACAGUCAGUAUUCAAAAAUGACAAAAACAAGAUCCAGUUCAUCAAGUUCCGUGCUUGUGACCUCGCGUCUGAGAAAUGGCACACAAUAUCAACAGAGAGGACGAACUGCCUCAGCAAGAGCCGCCAAGGAAAAGACCAUCAAGAAGUUAAGGCCGAGAGCAAAAUGUCUGCGACAGAAAACGUCUAAGAAGGGAACACACGUGUCACUGUCUGAUGUGCUGCGUAGACCAGGUGCAGAAAAUGGCAGUGAUACUGUGAUGGGUGAUGGCAAUGUAACUGGCAAUACAUGUAAAAGGUUAAAAGAGGAUUCAGAAGAUGACGGCACUGAUUCAUGCGAGGAUGAAGACUUACCAGAUAUCCAAUACAACUCAGCCACUGCUGAAACUAAGGUCAAGGAGCUUGUACCUGGCACCAUGGUGUGGGCAAAGAGUCGUGGCUAUCCACAUUGGCCUGCAGUGCUUCUGAAACUGUUUUCAAAUAACAAGAAAGCUUGGGUCAACUACCUCGACCAAAAAAUGCAAAGAGUUCAAGUGAGUCUAAAGUCGAUGGCCCCAUUCUUUGGGCCUCUAAGAUCACAGUACAUUGAAUUAGGUAAAAACUGCAAACUCAGCGAGGAUUUCAAUAGUUCCAUGGAGAGAGCUGAGGACUACUUGAUCAAACAAGGAUUGGGGAAGGCAGCAGAUUCCACAAGCGACAUGUCCUUCGCUUUAGACUUGAGUAAGUGUGCUUCACCCACCGUUUCUCCAAGAAAGAUGUCGCAGUCACAUGAGAAAUCACCUGACAGGCUGCAUGAGAAAUCACCUGACGGGUCACCUGACACGGGUCCUCCUGCUGACUUGCCAGUGAGCACCAAUAACGUGAUUUUAGAGGAUGAAGAACUCCGGAUAGGUCAUCCUAUUGGUAGUAUGAUUCUCGACACGGCAAGGGUAGAGGAUCCUGAACUCAUAGAGAGAAGGAAAGCAUGGAAAUAUACUGAGACCCGUUUACUGAAGUACAUCCGCAGAGACACAACCAAGAACUACCUAUUGGCAAUGUUUCAUGGGAAAGUAAAGUCGGAGAGGCAGCGGUUGUUUAACUCAGACAGGCAGACGGAUCGACAGACCCUGCGAGCAAUGGCUGGCCUUGGGCCAAUCACGGAUGAUGAACUGCUGAGUGAGUUGACAGACUUCCUGCGGGACCUGUAUGUUGAGCAUUGCAUGCAGUGCAAGGAUGAUAUCCCUAAUACAUCAUAUAUCACUGAAGUCUGGCUCCCUGAGGCCAUCAUUUUUGCAAUACAGAAGACAAGGCGAGUUGGGAGACGCAAUGCAGAGAAGCUGUUCUACAGUGAAGGGGUUCAAAGUCUGAUGGACCUUGGUGAUGACAUGCCUGCUGUCCCUGCCACAAUCAAUGAGACUUGGGAUGAUUCCUAGCCAAAGAGUCAACAAAGUGCUAUAAUGGUGAAAAGUGAUGAUCAGAACUCAAGACACUUAUGAUAAUGAAGGUGGAUAGGUACCUUCAACUAGUUUUGGAAUGAGUGAAGAUGUCUAGGUCUAACAACCACAUACAAGCUUACUGGGAUUGUGGAUAACUAGAAUACAUGUAGAGGAGGACUCCAAUAAAGUCAUAGUUGACUCUUGCUAUCAGAUGAGUAGGUGCAGGCCAUCAACAUCCAGAGUUACAUACCAUGGGAUGAGUGGAUGCUGGCCUUCAACAAACAUACACGACACCUGUCAUCAGAUGUGUGGAUACACACCAUCAACAUCCACAGCUACAUACCAUGGGAUGAGUGGAUGCUGGCCUUUAACAAACAUACAUGACACCUGUCAUCAGAAGUGUGGAUACACACCAUCAACAUCCACAGCUACAUACCAUGGGAUGAGUGGAUGCUGGCCUUUAACAAACAUACAUGACACCUGUCAUCAGAUGAUUGGAUACACACCAUCAACAUACACAGCUACAUACCAAGGGAUGAGUGGAUGCUGGCCUUUAACAAACAUACAUGACACCUGUCGUCAGAUGAGUGGAUACACACCAUCAACAUCCACAGCUACAAACCAUGGGAUGAGUGGAUGCUGGCCUUUAACAAACGUACAUGAUACCUGUUGUCAGAUGAGUGGAUACACACCAUCAACAUCCACAGCUACAUACCAUGGGAUGAGUGGAUGCUGGCCUUUAACAAACAUACUUGACACCUGUCAUCAGAUGUGUGGAUACACAUCAUCAACAUCCACAGCUACAUACCAUGGGAUGAGUGGAUGCUGGCCUUCAACAAACAUACAUGACACCUGUCAUCAGAUGAGUGGAUACACACCAUCAACAUCCACAGCUACAUACCAUGGGAUGAGUGGAUGCUGGCCUUCAACAAACAUACACGACACCUGCCAUCAGAUGAGUGGAUACACACCAUCAACAUCCACAGCUACAUACCAUGGGAUGAGUGGAUGCUGGCCUUUAACAAACAUACAUGACACCUGUCGUCAGAUGAGUGGAUACACACCAUCAACAUCCACAGCUACAUACCAUGGGAUGAGUGGAUGCUGGCCUUUAACAAACAUACAUGACACCUGUCAUCAGAAGUGUGGAUACACACCAUCAACAUCCACAGCUACAUACCAUGGGAUGAGUGGAUGCUGGCCUUUAACAAACAUACAUGACACCUGUCAUCAGAUGAUUGGAUACACACCAUCAACAUACACAGCUACAUACCAAGGGAUGAGUGGAUGCUGGCCUUUAACAAACAUACAUGACACCUGUCGUCAGAUGAGUGGAUACACACCAUCAACAUCCACAGCUACAUACCAUGGGAUGAGUGGAUGCUGGCCUUUAACAAAC